UAGAUUUUUUUCAGUCAACAGUUGGGCUAGAUCAGCGCUGAGAAAUAUCGAAGUCGUAAGAUCUAAGAGCCGAAUAUCGGUUCAAUUCUUAGCCGCCGACGCCAAAAUCCCGACUCAUGAGACAUUCACUUUCGCUACAACUUACUCAUCCUCAACAGUGAAACAAACAAAAAAUCGAUUACACAACGCGAGACUCUGGGAUAUAAAAAGAGAGCGAUUAUAAAAUUUUGAUGAAAUUCUUCACCCCGAUAACUCCCAGGCGUAUCAUCAACCGUAUCAUAGUACCAACGUCCCUAUCCCGGGCUUAUCAUCUCACCAUGUCGUCCAACGACCAAGACGCCCCCAAAAAGAGCGCCAUCCCCAAAGGCAAAACGGAGCUCAAAAUCCUCAUGUUACACGGGUACACCCAAUCCGGGCCCCUAUUCUCCUCCAAAACCAAAGCCCUCUCCAAACUCCUCCUGAAAGCCCUAUCCCCGUCCCCCUUCAACCUACACCCAACCCUCAUCUACCCAACCGCCCCGCACCGUCUCCGCCCCUCCGACAUCCCGGGCUACACUCCCCCAGACCCCGGCUCCGCCGAAGCAGAAGAAGAAGACGAAGGCGACAACUGGGCCUGGUUCCGCAAAGACGAAGCCACGAACGCAUACCGGGGCUUCGAUAUCGGAAUGUCAUCCAUCGCAACCGCGAUACGCGAAGCCGCGGGUAUCGACGGGAUCCUUGGGUUCAGUCAAGGCGGUGCUACAGCCGCGCUCGUGGCCUCAGCUUUGGAAUUACCAUAUCGGGAUCCCCCACCCGUCCCUUCGCCUGAGGACCCGGAGGCCAUAACGUCCGCGGAUUGGAAUUGGUUACCAGCGCUACGCGAGGCGAAUCAAAACCGUCCGUUGAAAUUCUGCGUUAUAUACUCUGGUUUCUACGCCCCGCCGAAAAGUCUGCAGUGGUUAUAUGAGCCGGCGAUAUCGACGCCGACGUUGCAUUUUCUGGGUAGCUUAGAUACGGUUGUGGAGGAGGCGCGGAGUAAGGGGUUAGUGGAGCGAUGUCGGGAUCCGACGGUGAUUGUGCACCCGGGUGGUCACUAUGUGCCGGUGGCUAAAGAUUGGGUUAUGGUGUUGGUGGGUUGGUUGAGACAGCGGUAUCAGGACGCUGGUAACACUUCGGCUAGGGAAUCUUUGUAAGAUGUCUGCUGAUCCAUAGACAUUGGAGUUACAGGAGACGGCGGUGGAUUCGAGAGAUAGAGUGGAGAGCAAGACAGAGCUAGACCCGAGAGCAUUUCAUUCACAUGAGUAUAUAAUCACAGAAGGGUCCAGAAUCGAAACAUAGAAGGCAAACCAGUUUUAUACGGGCAUUGCCCACCUCCUAAUCUAACUAGG